AUGAGCUACGAAGAUAAACUCGUUCAACCUGCCUUGAAGUUCAGGACCUUCUUGGACAGACUUCCAAACAUUUACAAUGUGUACAUUAUUGCAUCUAUUUCCUGUAUUUCAGGUAUGAUGUUCGGUUUUGAUAUUUCAUCUAUGUCUGCUUUUAUAGGUGAAGAUGACUACAAGAACUUUUUCAAUAAUCCAGGCUCAGACAUCCAAGGUUUUAUCACUUCCUGUAUGGCUUUAGGUUCUUUCUUCGGUUCCAUCGUCUCUUCCUUCAUUUCCGAACCAUUUGGUAGAAGAGCAUCCUUGUUGUUGUGUUCAUUCUUCUGGAUGGUCGGUGCUGCUGUACAAUCAUCUUCUCAAAACAGAGCCCAAUUGAUGAUCGGACGUAUCAUCGCUGGUUUCGGUGUUGGUUUUGGUUCUUCUGUUGCUCCAGUUUACGGUUCCGAAUUGGCUCCAAGAAAGAUUAGAGGUUUUGUUGGUGGUAUUUUCCAAUUCUGUGUUACCUUGGGUAUCUUGAUUAUGUUCUACAUUUGUUACGGUUUGCAUUUCAUUAACGGUGUUGGCUCUUUCAGAAUUGCUUGGGGUUUACAAAUUGUCCCAGGUUUGGUUUUAUUUGUCGGUUGUUUCUUUAUUCCAGAAUCCCCAAGAUGGUUAGCCAAACAUGGUUACUGGGAUGAAGCAGAAUUCAUCGUUGCCCAAAUUCAAGCUAAGGGUAAUAGAGAAGACCCAGACGUGUUGAUUGAAAUCUCCGAAAUCAAGGACCAAAUUUUGAUUGAAGAAAACCUCAAGAGUUUCGGUUACGUUGACUUAUUCACCAAGAAGUAUAUCAGAAGAACUUUAACUGCCAUAUUUGCUCAAAUCUGGCAACAAUUGACCGGUAUGAAUGUCAUGAUGUACUAUAUUGUCUACAUUUUCAACAUGGCCGGUUACUCUAACAACGCAAACUUGGUUGCCUCUUCCAUCCAAUACGUCUUGAACACUGCUGCAACUGUUCCAGCUUUGUUUUUAAUGGAUUACAUUGGUAGAAGAAGAUUGUUGAUUGGUGGUGCCAUCAUGAUGAUGAUUUUCCAAUUUGGUGUUGCUGGUAUCUUAGGUAAAUACUCCGUCCCCGUUCCAGGCGGUCUUCCAGGUAACCCAACUGUCACCAUCCAAAUCCCAGAAGAUAACAAGUCAGCUGCUAGAGGUGUUAUUGCUUGUUGUUACUUAUUCGUUGUAUCAUUCGCUCUGAGUUGGGGUGUCGGUAUCUGGGUCUACUGUUCAGAAGUUUGGGGUGACUCUGCUUCCAGACAGAGAGGUGCUGCUGUUUCAACUGCUGCCAACUGGAUUCUUAACUUUGCUAUUGCCAUGUACACUCCAUCUUCCUUCAAGAAUAUCACCUGGAAGACUUACAUCAUCUACGCCGUCUUCUGUCUUGUUAUGGCAAUCCAUGUCUACUUUGGAUUCCCAGAAACCAAGGGCAAGCGUUUGGAAGAAGUCGGACAAAUGUGGGACGAAAAUGUUCCCGCAUGGAGAUCUUCCAGCUGGCAACCAACUGUUCCAUUGUUGUCAGAUGCCGACUUGGCACACAAGAUGGAUGUUUCCCACAAGGAAGAGCAAUCUCCAGAUGCCGAGUCAAGUUCUGAGGAAAAGCCUUAA